GUGAGAAAGGGUCAAGGGCUGCCCUAGCCGGGUUAACCUGGGCUAAAGCCCAGGAAUGGACCUGAGCACGGUUAUGACAAUGUAGCACUAGGGUUACCGAGAAAGCCAGCUCUCAUGCUUGUGACAUUGACGGCUGAUGCUCUGCAAUUCUUCAACCUCGAGUUCGGAACACACAAAAUCUGAUCUCUUGGCACCGCAUUGCAAAGCACAAUGGCUUCAAGCGUUGCGGCAAAAGCAGGUGCUGCUGGUACUUUCGUGUAUGGUGCCCAAGCCCAAUUUGCAGAGAACUCUCGACAGAAUGGCGCUGCUGCAAUGACCUUUACCAGCUAUUCAUCUCUGAAGAGAAACCACAAUGUACCAGUAAAAGGGCAUGCAAAAUCCUUCCUGGGAUCCAGCGCUCCUUUAAUCUCCAACUUGGCUGAGAAAAAUCAUCAAGCAUCGGUGGCCAGAUUCAGUGUCAGGGCAGAGGCAGGGAAGCAGAACAAGAGGGUCAUCAGGGGCCCCGUCUUUGUGGUUGAUGACAAUAUUGACACAGAUCAGAUAAUUCCGGCAGAGUACCUAACACUAGUCCCCUCAAAGCCGGAGGAAUAUGAGAAGCUGGGCAGCUAUGCGAUGGCGGGACUACCAAAGGGCUACGGAAUCUUCAUUGAGGAAGGUGAAAUGAAGACCAAGUAUCCGAUCAUGAUUGGUGGUAAGAACUACGGGUGCGGAUCUUCCCGCGAGCAUGCCCCAGUGGCACUUGGAGCUGCGGGACUCAAGGCCGUGGUCGCAGAAUCGUAUGCUCGGAUCUUCUUCAGGAACUCUGUCGCAACAGGAGAACUUUACCCUGUGGAGAUCGACACUAGACUUUGCGAAGAGCUGAAAACUGGCGACGAAGUGACGGUGGAUAUGGAGAAUGACGUCCUGACUCAUCACGGAACCGGAAAGCAAUACAACCUGAAGCCAAUUGGGGAGGCAGGUCCAGUGAUCGAUGCAGGAGGCCUCUUCAACUAUGCCCGCCAAACAGGUAUGAUCAAGGCAGCAACUUGAUGCCAAGUGGUCGGAAGCUCCAAGUCCUAUAGUAGAUAGCAUCUAAAACGAAGAAGGAUACGUGGCAAAGAAACGGAUGGAUUUGUCCUGCCUUUACUUGUUCGAUUCUCCUUGCUCGCACUCGUGGCCCUCGACCCGUGAGGUGGUCUUCCUCAUUAUGUAGCUCGAGGAUUCCAAAACCUCAUAUUUCUCCUGACAUGUGUAUGCCGCUGUGUGCGUUGCAAUCCCACCUAGU